AUGUCAGAACGAAAGAAGCUGAGGCAGGAAACCAAGGUGGUCAACGAGGCCGCUGAGCUCAAGCGACGCGAGCACCAGAAGAAACUUCAUCUGAAGCUCUUGGAAGAAGGCCAGAAGCGCUUCGCGGGCGAGAGCAAGGCAGAAGAUGACGAGAAGCGUGCGGUGUUUAGACGCUACGAGGCCUACAAGCGUGAAUCGCAGUUCCCGGUUGGCGUCAAAGACCUCAAGAUCGCGGUUGAUCCCAAAAGUCAGGUUGUCGUGGUGCCGAUCUGCGGCAGACCGGUGCCGUUGCACAUCAACACUCUGAAGAACGCGAGCAAGAACGAUGAAGGCGAGUAUGUUUACAUCCGUCUUAACCUCAUGACUCCCGGCCAGGCUAUCGGCAAAAAGGACGAGCUGCCGUACGAGGAUCCGAAUGCGCAUUUCGUGCAGAGUUUGACGUUCCGCUCGCGCGACACCGAGCGCAUGACCGAUAUCUUCCGCAGCAUUCAGGAGAUGAAGAAGAAUGCGAUGAAGAAAGAGAUCGAGCGUAAGGAGCUCGAGGACGUCGUUACACAGUCUAAUCUUGUCGAAGUCAAGAACCGACGCCCUUUACGACUCGAUAACAUUUUCGUGCGCCCGGCCAUGGAGGGCAAGCGAAUUGCCGGCAGUAUCGAGAUCCAUCAGAACGGUUUACGAUAUCAGUCCCCGGUUCGCAUGGAUCAGAAGUUUGAUCUUCUGUUCAACAACAUCAAGCAUCUUUUCUUCCAGCCCUGCGACCACGAGCUUGUCGUCAUCAUUCACGUCCAUCUGAAGCAGCCGAUCAUGGUUGGCAAGCGCAAGACCAAAGACGUGCAGUUCUACCGGGAAGCGUCUGAUAUCCAGUUCGACGAGACCGGAAACCGGAAGCGCAAGUACCGCUACGGCGAUGAAGAUGAGCUCGAGGCCGAGCAGGAGGAACGAAAGCGACGGCACGCGCUCAAUAAAGAGUUCCGAGCGUUCAGUGAGCGCAUCUCCGAAGCCUCGAACGGUGCUUUUGAUGUCGACAUUCCGUUCCGCGAGCUGGGAUUCUAUGGUGUGCCCUUUAGAGCAAAUGUUCUUUGCCAGCCGACGACGGACUGUCUCGUGCAGCUGAUUGACCCGCCGUUUUUGGUUAUUACAUUGUCAGAAAUUGAGAUUGCGCAUUUAGAGAGAGUACAGUUUGGGCUCAAGAACUUUGAUUUGGUGUUUGUUUUCAAGGAUUUCAGUCGGCCGGUGGCACACAUCAACUCGAUCCCGAUGGACAGUCUCGAGAGUGUUAAAGAUUGGCUCAACGAAGUCGAGAUUGCGUACUCUGAAGGCCCGCUGAACCUCAACUGGGCGACCAUUAUGAAGACGGUGACCUCAGAUCCUCACUCGUUCUUUGAGGAAGGAGGAUGGUCGUUCUUGAACAAUGAUUCUGAUGAGGACGUAAGUGAUGAGUCUGAGCAGGAGUCUGAGUUUGAGGCGUCAGAUCUUGAUCCAUCGGAUGAGAGCGAGGCUGAGAGUGAUUUUGAUGAUGAUGGAAGUGCGUCGGGUGGAGACGACGAUGAGGAAGAUGAUGAUGAUGAAGAUGACGAGGAAGAUGAUGAGGAUUAA